AGGAAAUGUACUAUUCGGGGCCCUCCUUCGUUACGACUUCAUUCUUUCUCCCCUUUCCCAGUGUUUUGCCAGUGGCGUUAUCUGUUUUUCUCAAGGCCGGGCCUUUGACUGCUUUCCUUUAAAAUCUUUCAUUUUCAAUUCACCACCUCCCCACAUUCACCUCGUUCUCCCUCUCCUUCUCCUAAUAUGAACCUCAGUCUUUCUUUCUGUGUGCUUCUGGCAGGCCUUCUUUUUGCGUUGUCCGCUCAGGAUGCGGACGCCCACCCGGUCGUUAAGCGCGGUGGCAGCGUUACACUCCCUCUCAAGCGCAUUCAGCAGCGCUCAGAUCUUCAUCCCCAGAUCCUUCACCAGCAGAACAUCAACCGCGCUCUUCGUCGUCUUGCCCGAAUGACUGGCAGACAAGCUCCCUCUGACGCAGAACUCCGGCGCAACCUCGAAAGGAGGGUGGCGUCGCUGGAGAAUGAUCCUGUCUUCAAACGGUAUCAUAGGUACAUUCCUCCCGGGAACUCCAAGCGUUUCAACCGGGAGGGGGUAAGCGGUAGUCGUGUCAACGCGAUUGUUGGCAGGAAGCAUAAUCAUAAUCAGGGAAACAAUGCCAACGGUUCUACCGGCUCAACUAGUACUAGCAACUCAACUGCAAAUGCGGCUACCUCAGCUGUUAACGCUGCUUCUACAUCUGGAUCUUCCUCGUCUGCCGCUUCUUCUGAUGUUACGGUUGCAAACACCCCAACGACUGCUAAUUCACUUGGACUCGAUAUCGAAUCUGAUGAUACUGGUUACCUUGCGACGAUCCAGAUGGGCACACCUCCACAAGAUUUCUUGCUGCUCAUGGACUCGGGAUCUGCUGAUACCUGGGUUGGUGGGGAGAAUUGCCAAUCAGAGGGUGGUGGAGACUGCGGUAACCACAAUUUCCUCGGGUCGACCAGCUCUAGUUCAUUCAAGGACUCCAAUCAACAGUUCGCAGUUACAUACGGCACUGGUGAUGUCCAAGGCACCAUUGUCCAGGAUAAUGUGGUUGUGGCUGGUCUGAGUUUGGACGCACAUACGUUUGGUGUUGCUACCACCGAGUCUGUUGAUUUCUCUUCUGAUACGACUCCGUUUGAUGGCUUGAUGGGACUUGCUCAAUCCACACUUUCAGAGCAGGGCGUCAAGACACCUGUUGAAUCGUUAGCUGCUGCCGGUCUUAUUUCUGCUGCGAUUACAUCAUUCAAGAUUUCUCGACUUGCUGACAACCUGAACGAUGGUGAAGUUACCUUUGGUGCCCUCGACACUUCCAAGUUCGAUUCCAACACUCUUGUCACUUUGGAUAACCAGAGCCAAGACGGCUUUUGGGAGGGUGCUGUGGACUCUAUCACUGUUGAUGGAACCGAUACCGGUCUUUCUGGUCGUCUCGCUAUUCUCGACACUGGAACCACUUUGAUCAUUGCUCCCCAAAACGACGCUGUUGCUGUCCACCAGUUGAUCUCAGGUGCCCAAUCGGCUGGUCAGGGUAGCUUUACCAUUCCGUGCACUACCAACGCAAGCGUCGCUCUGACCUUUGGAGGCCAAGAGUUUACGAUUGACACUAGGGACUUGGCGUUCCAACCUGUGGAUGCCAAUGAUCCCACGGGAGACUGUGUUUCUGGUAUCGCUGCUGGGAGUAUCGGAGCUAACAACGAAUGGCUGGUUGGUGAUGUGUUCUUGAAGAACGCAUACUUUAGCACGGACGUCAACAAUAACAGUAUUUCUUUGGCGAAGCUUGUUUAAAGUUUAAGCCACCUUGGAUCACAGAUAUUUAUUAUGCCACGAUAGCUAGACUCUUCGGGAAUGCCAAUAUAAUAGGGGAUUGAAAGACAUUAAUAUUUG